UAGUGCUUUCCGUGUUACACAGUAUCGUGCAUAGUGCCAAAAGUGAGUACAUAUAUGUGCGGAGCCUAUAAAGAAAAUCAUGGACGAAUGUUUGGACAUCGUUUCUAAAUAAAUCUCACUUCAUGAAAAGGAGUUCAAAACAGCGCAAUGGAGAUACCCCUCGGAAUUGCCAUAGUAAUUCUAUCGGUUGUGAUACUGUUAUACCAUUGGAUCACCCGCAACAAUGACUAUUUUCAUGGGAAACCAAUACCUUCGAUGGCAGUUAAACCUCUGCUCGGAAGCACGGGACCACUAAUCUUGAAAAAGUUCUCAACAACUGAAUACAUGCACGACAUCUACUGGAAGUAUCCGAACGUGAAAGUUUUUGGGCUGUUUGACGCACUGACACCGAUCUUCGUCGUCAGGGAUCCCGAGUUGAUCAAGAAGAUUACCGUCAAGGACUUUGAUCACUUCGUCGACCAUCGGCCAAUGUUCGGGAACAGUGAGAAUAAUAAUCCUUAUUCGAUGUUUGGGAAAACGUUAUUCGGUAUGACUGGGAAAAAGUGGAAAAACAUGAGAGCUACGCUGAGCCCUGCCUUCACCGGUAGCAAAAUGCGGAAGAUGUUCGAAUUGGUCAUCGAGUGUAGUGACAGUGUAGCGCAAUAUUUCUUAAAUCAGUCGAAGGAAAUACAUGAGGUAGAACUGAUCGAUUUGUGCACUCGCUUCGGUUCCGACGUAAUUGCAACGUGUGCUUUUGGUAUAAAAAUGGAUUCCAUGAGAGAUCCUAACAAUGAUUUCUACGAUAAUGGCAAGAAGAUGAGUCGUUUCGAGCGAUUAAGUGUGUCAUUACGGAUGCUCGGAUUUAAGUUUUGCCCAACGCUGAUGGGAAAGCUGGGAAUCGAUAUUGUCGAUCGGAGUCAGGUACGAUACUUCAGUGCUAUAAUCAGGGACGCCGUACAACAACGUCAAGCCAAAAACAUCAUUCGUCCAGAUAUGAUCCACCUUCUCAUGCAGGCUCGACAAGGUACACUGAAGCAUCAAGAUGAAAAAGAAACUGAUGAAGCAUUUGCUACGGCCAAAGAAUCAAGCAUUGGUAAAGCGAAUGUCACGUUCAACAUGACGGACCAAGAAAUGAUCGCCCAGGCUUUUGUAUUCUUCUUGGCUGGAUUUGAAACGGUGUCCACUACCUUAGCAUUCGUGAUCCAUGAUCUUGUCAUGAACCAAGAUGUGCAACAACGUUUGUACGAAGAAAUAGUGGCAACGAAUGAUGCGCUGGAGGGCAAGCAUUUGAAUUACGUAACCCUUCAAGGCAUGAAAUAUCUGGAUAUGGUCGUGACGGAAAGCAUGCGCAUGCGACCAGCAUCACCCUUCAUGGAUCGACUGUGUGUUGAGGAUUACGAGUUCACAAUCAACAAGGGAACUGCCGUCUGGAUCCCUGCCCAAGGACUACAUAUGGAUCCCAAGUAUUACCCUGAACCGGAGAAAUUCAACCCUGAACGGUUCAAUGAUGAAAACAAGGUUAACAUUGACCCAAUGACCUAUCUGCCGUUCGGAAUCGGACCGAGGAAUUGCAUCGGAUCACGGUUUGCCCUGAUGGAAAUCAAAGCCAUUGUGUACUACCUGUUACUGCACUUUUCCUUCGAAGCCAACAGCAAAACUCCAGAUCCGGUAAUACUGCGCAAAGGGUUUACUAUCGUAGGCCCCGAAGGUGAAAUAUGGAUCGAUAUGAGAACCAGAUAGAGCCAGGUGUUGAUUGGAGUGCUAGGUUUGGUGACAUUGUUUGCAGUAUGUCUGAAUUAAAUAUUAGGGUAUUUUUUAUUCGUGUAGCUUAAUUUUCAAUUUGUUCAAACAGUAAGAUAAAACUGUAAUUUCUUAAAUGUAUGCAUAUAGUUGAUGUGAAUCUGUAGUUGAUGCUAAGUGUAUCUUUUUCGUACUAGCUAUUUUUUUAUUUCAAUAGUGGAAUUAACAUUCUUAACGUUAACAGAACUUAUGAGAGUUUAUACCUCUAUUUUUAUGUUUGAAAGACCCUAUGCUACGUAGUUUCAUCUAUAGAAGCAUUUCUGUUAUGCAACAGAAAAACUGGAAGGAACCUUCAUUUAGGUCCACACAUGUUUUAGCUCAUGCUCGCUUUCUCGGGUCAAUCUGAUACAUAGCAACGAACGUCUACAAUCUACAUACUAAAUAUUAGAUGAAUUGCUCGCCAACUAGUCGUCGGAGUUACCAGCACUUCAUCAUUUUGUUAUAUGGCAUUAUCAAGUUUUGGCUAAAAAGUGAUGAUGUACGAUUAUAUCUUGCAUUUUUUUUUGUUUUGAAUAUCUUAAUGCCUGCUUCGAAAGAAAUGUUCCUGACAUCAAAACACACAACUUUUGUGAACGAGUUGAAAACAAAUUUUCAAUUAAGCAUACUGUUUUAUUUCAGGAAGCUCAAAAAAGAUAUUUUCAGUAGUCAUGAACUUCUAUUAACGGCCAAAGUUGUUGAUGCAUUGUUAUGUUCUGAUAACAAGAUCGUGCUUGAAUAAAUUUUAAAUAGAACAGUUUUUUAGUUUUUCCUGAAAAUCGAGCUCUAUAGUAUUUAAAAAUAUAGAAUUUACUAAAAUAUAAAUAUCUUGCGAUGCGGUCAACAAAUUUUGAAUGUUUUUGCAUAAAUUGAAAACCGAAUAUAAUAUGCUUCGAUCAUCUGAACACAGUUUUUACAUCAAAUGAGUAAGAUUCGAGAUAUUGGUGAUGAUUAUAUUGGCCAUUUUUUUAAUUUGAGCAAAAUUUCCAAAUAUAACGAAGUCUUGUAUUUUUUUCAGUAAGGAAAAAUCAAAUAAAAAAUUUUCCCUAACGCACAUUCGAACUAUAAGCUAGUUACAGUAAAAAUUACACCUCAAUCGGAGCAUUUGUUACAGAAAAAAGAAGUAUGAAGAGAGCAACUUUGUCUAAAAAUAGAACAAAAAUUAAUUUCAAAUCGACAGCCUUGAAUUGUUAAUACCUUCUGAGACUUCUUCAUUGAUUUUCCUCGGAACUUCUUCAUUUGUUUCUCCCGGGAUUCUUUCAGAGGUAUUUUUCAGCAAUACAUCAAGGAUUUCUUCGGGGAUUCCGGGAUUUCUUUAGAAAUGUCUCCCGGAACUCCUUCUGGCUUCUUUUAUAGAUUAUUCCCGAGAUUCCCUCAGGGAUUCAUCCAUAGUUCUACCUGGGAUUUUCUCGGAUUUCCUUUAAGAAUUUCUUUCAGUCUUCCGUUUGGAAUUUCUCCCAGAAUGCUUUCAGUAAUACCUCACAGAGUUUCGUCGUUUAGUUUUACCGGAUUUCUUCCAAGAUUUGUUCCAGGAUUCUUUCGGGAUUCCUUUAAAGAAUUCUGCCGAGAUUUCUUCCAAUACUUUUUCAUUGAUUUUUGUCAGAAUUCAGAGAUUUCUCCUUAGACGCAUUCCGACAUUCUUUCCGGUAUUUCUCCCGAGAUUCCUAUAGAAAUUCCUCCUGGAUAAUUUUGUACAUUACUUAAUAGAUUUCUUUCGGCAAUCUUUCAUGAAUUGCUCAUAUGAUUUCUUUGGAGUUUAUCCCAGGAUUUCCUUAGAAAUUUCUCCUGAGUUUCCGACAACACUCCGGGGAUUCAUCCCUGAUUUUCUUCAGGAUUUUCUUUAUUAGUUUCUCCCGAAAAUCUAUUUUGGAUUUAUUUCGGUAUUUUUCCCGGGAUUUUCUUUAGCGAUUUCUUCUAAGAUUCCUUCAGAAAUUUCUUAAUGAUUCUGACAAGGAUUCCUCACAUUUGCUUCCGAAAUGUCUUCAUUGUUUCCUCUCAGAAUUCGUUAACGGAUUAUUCCCGAAACUGUAUCAGGGAUGAUUGUAUAACAUUUCGUCGAAAACCAUUUCGCGGAAUUCCUUUUCUCGGUGUAACAUUUCGCGCAAAAUGACAUUUGGCAGAAUAAACCACUUCGCGGAAUGUACCGUUUCGCGGAAAAUCGUUAAAAAAAGAGAAACAUUUAACUGAGCGAGAUACAACAUCAUGAAAAGAUUCAAAAUUUUAAUUUUGAAAGAACAGCCUAUUAAUAAAAGAAGGGGAAUUCUCUUAUAAUAUUAAUUUAGCAGUUGUUAUACAAAAAAAGUAAUACAUAACAUUGCAUGCCUAUUCUAUCAGUUGGUGGAACGAGAACAGAAAUGUUCACUUCUUUUUCCAAUUUUUUUUACGGACAACAUGCAUAACACCCAAUGUUUCGUUUGACGAAAAGUUUCCCCCGACUGAAGCGGGAAUCGAACCCGCACUCCGAGGCUUACGUAACGCCUAGUCGACUGUCGCCGCUAACCGCAUGGCCACGAAGCCCACAAAUUUGGUAGUUGUAUCACGUAAACCGUGACCAACUUAUGUUUAGUCUUGAAAUUCAAGAAAUCACUAGCAUGUGCAGGUUUUUCAUUUUGUCUCAUUCAUUCUUCUUGCUAAACGUGAGAAAAAGUAAGUUUUUUAAGAGAGUGAGUAAGAUAAAAGAAUAAGCUACGCACGCUAGUGCAAAAACACAAUAGUACAUAUUCUUCACAAUAGUUUUGAACUGCUAAAAAUCUUGCUAAAUCUGCUUUUCUAUACUCACAUCUGCCAUAUUUACAAAAAAAAAUCCACACUUUCUUUCUGAUCAUAUACAGGGUAUUAGGUUCAUGAGCAGGGAUGCCAUAUAUACAGAUUUAUCUGUAUUAUACCGAUUUUUGAGCAUCCAUACAGAUGUCGUUUUAUAUGAAAUACAGAUUUUUAAGCUUGAGGGACCAUUUUAUGUUUGUAUGGGAUACAGAUUUUUCACCAAAAUUUUGUAUGGGAUACAGAUUUUUAAAAAGAGCGAUACAGAUUUUUCCAAAAAUCAUCUGGCAUCUCUGUUCAUUAGUGCAAACUUUUUAAAGGGUGAUAGAGGACCAUAAAUGGUGAAAAAAAUUGUUCUACGCAUAUGGUCAAAUCUCAACCGUUACGUAGUUAUUGAACAUUCCAUGUUUUUCUUUAUUAUUGCCCUAACUGGCUAUAACUUUAAAAUGGUCAAACUUAUCGCAGUUUUUUGACCCUUAUUCGAAAGAUUAUUGAAUUUUCUAUCAAAUGGUAUCUUUGAAUUGAUUGCUUUAGUUAAAUAACUAAGUUUUCUAGAGCAAAGUAGCUAAAAAUAGUGUGUUUUAAUUUGUUUUUGUCAAUUAUCUUUGAAACAUGCAUAAUAAAUUACAAUUCUUUCUUUGACAAACUUAUGGCCAUUGUUUCACUCCACAAUUCGUUCUUUGGCAUCAAACUUCUAGCUCUUACCGUUUUCUUGCAAUUUUGAUUUUAAUGUGCGGCACAAAGCGCAAAAAAGUGCUUACCAUGAAAAUUGCAAAUUUAUGAUCUGAAAUGUGAAACCAAUUUACUUGAAAUUUCGUACACGGCAAUAUGUAUCUCACUACGUGUCAAUUGAUUAUAAAUUAACUGAAUUAUAGCAGAAAAGUGUCCAAAAUAGAAGGUCUGCCGAGAUGAUUUCAAUUCCUUAUUGAAGAUUUUUAUGGAACUAAAUCACAGAAUUUCAUUUUUUUUUCCGUAAAAUCGUAUUUAUUUAAUUGGAACUUGACUAUUGACAACAAGUUCAUAUGAAGAUUCUUAUUGUAAAAUACCGUGGGCGUUAUUAAAGCUAUGCACGCUAGUAUGAGAAACACAAUUGUAUUCUAAAAACAGGUACCGUAAGCCGGGAUGAAAUUAAUCAUUCGGGUACUACAUUGUAAUUUCAUACUAGGAACUCUCAAGCGACGUAAUGAUCUUAAACUUGUUGUGUCAUUUAGUUGAUAGACGUCUAGAGAUGAGUGUAGACUUUUAAUUUUUAGAAAAAAAAGUUUUGCCUUAUUCUUUAGGAAUUUGCAAUGUAUUUCUCACUUAGCUGAAAUCCUCCUCUCCUCUUCUCUUCUUGGCGUAACGUCCUCACUGGAACAAAGCCUGCUUCUCAGCUUAGUGUUCUAUGAGCACUUCCACAGUUUUAAACUGAGAGCUUCCUCUGCCAAUGACCAUUUUGCAUGUGUAUAUCGUGUGGCAGGCACGAAGAUACUCUAUGCCCAAGGAAGUCAAGGAAAUUUUCUUUACGAAAAGAUCCUGGACUGACCGGGAAUCGAACCUGUCACCCUCAGCACGGUCAUGCUGAAUACCCGUGCGUUUACCGCCUCGCCUAUAUGGGCUGAAAUCAUUGUUACUGAACAAUCGAUUGCCAAUAGGACUUCCCUUAAAUUCUCUGUUUUAACAUUUUUGUGGAGCCUUGGUUGGGAAGUUACGUAGCUAUUCCAAACAUAAGUUAGUUACAAACAAGUUCAUUUUCUGAUUAAAUAGUCAUUAAUUGUGAUAGAAAUCACUCAUUUCGAAUUUAAUUGCCUACCUUCAGACGUUAAGAGAAAAUUACAAAAUUUAAUUUUGCAUUUUAAGUGUCAAAUUCACUAGUUGUGAAAAUAUAAACACCUUAUUCGGAUUUAGAAGAGCAAAAUUAAGCGGAGAAGGCAAUUGUCCUUCCUAACCGAUGCUUAAUUGUAUGUUGAUCAAUUUCGUCUCAAAAUGCCAUUUUCAAUUUUUUGAUUUUCGGAGUUAUUUAACUUAAAGUUUUUUUUUUUUUAAAUUCUGGUACAUGGUUCAAUGGAGAUCCACUGGGUAUUGAUUUUACAAAAAAUCUUUUGGCAAUAUUUGAAUUGCCAAUAAUGUUAUCAGCAAAAGUUGUUCUAAGGUGAUCCAUAUAACCCCGGAUUACGGUACAAAUCUUGCUAAACCUACUUUUCUAUACCUACAUCUUCAAUAUCUACAUAAAAAAACUAAUUCUUUCUUUCUGAUCAUAAACGAUCCGAUUUUUACGUACACAUACCGGUUAAAUACUAGAAACAACAACAUAGUUACGACACUUCGUUCAAGAUGCAAAAAAUGCUGCAUCACAUUUGUAUUGUUAUAGUGUCUGAUAACAGCCAGAGCCAAUCAUAACUGCGAAGGGUACACCUACUUUUAUAGUACCAGGUGCUCAAAUUUGCUCUGGCUUUUAGCAAUUAAACGCGGCAUAUA